AUGUCGUCGAUAUGGAAUAUUGCAACAUCCUUUCUUGGUCCUGGCCAGCAGCCUCUGCGAGGCAUGUCAACCUUUCCCGCCCAGCAACAACCCCAGACACGAACUCCCAAUCCUUCAUUAACCUCAACACGACUUCCAAAUGGUAAAAUUGGAACUGGUGCUAACUGGGGAUUUGGUCUGGCAAUGGGAGGUGCUCCUGGGCUACAAAGUAGCCAGCAAAGGACAGUGAAUACAAUGAAUAGCUUUGCACAAAGUAUAGGUGCUUCACAAACAGCAACACCCCUAGACCUCUCCGAAUUCCCCUCUCUCUCAAGUGUUCCUCAUCAACCUCAACCUCCCGUUUCUGGACAAGCUACGUGGGCCAACGCAAGCCAGCGAGCAACUCAGCAAAGUGCCCUCCAGAGGCAAACGCAAACACCUUCAACGUCUCAACCGCCGUCCCGGGUUUCGCAACUCCAAGCGCAAUCGCAAGCUCAGGCACAUACACAACAACAGCAGCAGCAGCAGCAGCAGCAGCAAUCACAUGCUUCUCACGAAGAUCUCUUUCCCUCCGCAACGCAAUUUGUAACGCAAAUGGAUGAUUUCAGGAAUGGAGGUCAAGGCAUAAGUGGUCAGCUUUCAGGAGGAAACCAACCUCAAACAGGAAAUGUUGACGAGUUCCCACCAUUAGGGAGAAACGCGCCAGCGGACAUUGGCCAGGAAAGACGCACCAGCUUUCUUCAAUCCGGAGCGUUUAGCAGCUACGGAGCCGGAAUGACGUUUCCUAAUCUCGCUCAAAACCAUUCGGCUCAGGGGCGUACUCUUCUCGGAAAUAUGGUAAAUGGACAGCAAGACAGCAGAAUCGUGUCUCCAGGGGCAAGCGGGUCAGGUGUUAUUUCGACAUCUAGAUCCUCGAUGGGUCAGACUCAGAAUGGCGCACUUUCCCAGGAAAAAGAGGCAAGGACCAUCUUUACUGAUCCCGGGUCCGAGUCUCUGCAACGGACUAUUCGACCUGAAACAUACUCUGAGCAACAAGGUCAGGGCAUCAUACAGCCUCCAGCUCAAAACUGCCAGCAACAAACUGGGAAUUUUGGGACUGAGGGUCAAGAACAAUCUCCAGAGUUGGCCGCACUCAUGCGGAUGACUCCCCAAGCUAGGUUCGGGCUCCAAGGCCUUCUUAGUCUGAUAAAUAGCGAUAAUCCCGAUGUCAAUGCCCUUGCAGUCGGUCAAGAUUUGACGGAGCUUGAACCAGACCUAAAUCACCCAGAGCCUCUGCACCCGAACUUUGCCUCCCCAUUCGUUGCGAUAAGGGCGUCAGCGCCACUCCAGGUUGAUUACACUUUGCCAUCUUGCUACAACGUUGCAAAUGUCCAACCACUGCAGUCGCGUAUCCCUAGUUUCAGUGACGAAACUCUUUUCUACAUAUUCUACAGCAUGCCGCGAGAUAUCAUGCAGGAACUUGUAGCGGAAGAGCUCAUGAGUCGCAAAUGGAGAUAUCACAAGGUCGAGCGUGCAUGGUUGACUAGAGAUGACGCGUUUCCAAGUCCGGUUGAACUGGAACGAGGGCUUAGUGAGCGUGGCUUCUACCUAUGGUGGGAUCCUUCUACCUGGAAGAAAGUCAGGCGCGAAUUCGUUCUCCGAUACGCAGAUUUGGACAACCAUCUCGAACGACGGGGGUUCGUUCAAAACGUUGCUUUCCCCCCAAAUGCUUGA